AUGAACUWCAACAACCCAUACCCAAACAUGCACAACUACCAGCACCAGUACCCCAUGGGCCCGCCCCAGCAGCAAAUGCACAUGUUCACGAAUGACUGGAAGAGCAUCCUGGCCCCCUUAAAAAGUUGUAGAAUCAAGCAGCAAUUUGAUGACAGAGAAUUUCUAGCCGAUUUUGCCAUGGGACUCAAAUUAGACUUUAACAAUAAGUACCUAGUGCUAGAUGCAUCCACCGAGCUGCUCAAAUUCACAGCCAUCGAAAGUUCAGACUGUUGCAAUAGGAACUGUUUGCCCAAAAUGUGUAUUCCCAUAAAUAUGAAAAUAUUGACCUACGGAAGGGAACUAAGUCGGCCUGACAUUGUAGUCGAGAAGGACUGCUCCUGUACCAUGUUGUGCUUAAAUAGGCCUACAAUUAAAAUGUAUGACUUUUCAAACAAUAAUAAUAAGGAGCUCAUCGGGACGAUAAAAGCUCCCUUCAGUUGUUGCUCAUACAAAUUUGACUUAUACGAUUCUGCCAUGAGGAAGAUUAUAUAUAUGGAUGACACCUGUUGCCAGCUUAGUAUUUUAUUUCCCUGUCCAUGUGGUCCUUUUAAAUUUAGCAAUUUUUUUCUGCGAGAUGCAAAAACUCAUGAGAAGGUCGCUCAUUUGCAGAAGGAAGUUCCCUUCUUGAAAUUCGUGAAGCGGGACAUCGACAAUUACACGCUCAACUUCGAACAGGUGCAGAACCCCGAGUGGAAGAUGAUGCUCCUGGCCUUUUCGCUCUUCAUGGACUACAUAUACUACGACAAAGGGUCAAGACAAUUCUGCAGAUAUCCAGCACAGUGGCGGCCGCUCGAGUCUAGAGGGCCCGCGGUUCGAAGGUAA